AUGGAAUAAUAACCCCUUAGCAAUAAUAGAGUAAAAACUCAUCUUAGUUUACAAUUAGUCAAAUAUGAAUGAGGAUUAAUUAACAUAAAAAAGAGAGUUGACAUCAUAUGAAUCUUGCCUCGAUUGUUGUGGAAAUGUUUCUGGAUGUUUGAGAGUAUAACCAAACAAUUGAUUUAAGGCUUGGCUCCCUUGCAUAUUUUGUUGUUGCGAAAAUCCCUUCUACGCAGUCCAAUAGAGUUCCUUAGGAUUGGUUGAGAAGUUCGGUAAAUACCACCGAAGUUUACCACCAGGUUUAAAUUAAAUUAACCCUUGCACUGUAAUUUUUGUAAUUGAUUGCACAAGGAUACCGUCAUACAAGUGGAUAUGAGAACAAGAGUAUUGGAUUUAGAUAGGUAAAUCAUCCUAACAAAGGAUAACAUAUAAGUUAACAUAGAUACAUGCAUGUAUUUUAGAAUUAUCGGUAGGUAACUAAUAUUCAAACAUUUUAAAUAGAUGCCGUACGCGCAACCUAUAGGGUAUCAAGACUGACACAAUCUGUUAAGGAUAUGACAUACGCAGCUUUGAGGUAAGUUUGCGGAGAACACCAAUUGUAAGAUUUAUUGGAACAUAGAGAAAUGGUCUAAGAUUCAAUUGAGGCUUAUUUAGAUAAAUAAACAGAUCAAUGGGGAAUAUAUAUUGAAGAAGUUUUCAUCAAAGAUAUGGUCUUAACUCCACAGAUGCAAUCUGAUUUGGCAGCCGCAGCCAAAAAUAAGAGAAUCGCAUAGGCAAAAGUCAUUUCUGCAUAAGCUGAUGUUGAAAGUGCUAAAUUGAUGAAAGAGGCUGCCCAAGCCCUUGAUAGCAAGGCUGCAAUGUAGAUUAGAUUCUUGGAGACACUUCAACUAUUAGCUAAGGGACCAUCCUAAAAAUUGAUGUUCCUUCCUCUAAGUCCAGAAUCAUAAGGAGCUCAUAAUGGAUGA